AUGUCUAAUAAAAUUAUUUUAGCCUUUGGUGACUCACUAACUGAAGGUUGGAUUAAUGGUGGCAGACAGUUUUAUUCUUUUACUUCACAUCUUAAGCAACUUCUUAACAAUAAGGGUGAAUCUUACUAUGAAAUUGUUAAUGCUGGAUUAAGUGGCGAGGUUGUGUCUCCAGAAAUGUUUUUAAGACUCCCAACUAUACUUUCAAAGUACAAACAUAUUGACUUACUUAUAUUACAAGGGGGCACAAAUGAUAUUCUUAAUUAUAAAAAUAUUGUUUCUGCUAUGAAUCUUUUUGAUGAAUUUAAAAAACUUAUAGACACUGCUUUAAAUUACAAUGUGAAAAAGAUAUGUGCACUCACAAUAAUGGAAGGAUAUUAUACUGCUUCGGAUAAUGCUGUCUUGAGUCAUACAGAAUGUAACAAGGUUCGGUUAAAUUUUAAUAGACAACUUUGUGAUUAUGUUCGAUCUUGUGGCAAUAGCAAAACUUUUUGUUGUGAUAUCUCUUCAAAGUUGCCCCUAUUUUCUUUGCAAUCUGCAGAACAAAAAAUGUUUUGGGAUGAUUUAUUGCAUCCAAGCAUUUGUGGCUAUAAAAAUAUGGCAUUGCAUAUUUAUAAUGAUAUUGAUGGAAAGUUUUGA